AUGGAAAAACCAUUGCAUGUGUUUUUGUUGAUACUUAUGCUAUAUGUUCUUCAAUCCACAUUGGCAACUAAGUUUUCAUCUUCACGUGAAUCAUUGGCACAUGAUGACGAGUGCUCUAUGUUAUUCCAGUUCAAGGAGCACAUCUCUAUAAACCAAUCUGCAUCCUCUGAUCCUCAUGCUUAUCCAAAGGUUGCUUCAUGGAAGCUCAACACGAGCGAUUGUUGCUUUUGGGAUGGGAUUGAAUGCAGUGAGAAAAGCUCAGGUCAUGUGAUAGGUCUUGACUUAAGUAGCAGCUUACUUUAUGGCCCCAUUAAAUCCAACAACUCUCUCUUCAACCUCAUCCACCUUCGAACCCUAAACCUUGCAGAUAACGAUUUCCAAUUCUCACAAAUUCCAUCUGGAAUAGGACGUCUCUUGCAUUUAGCAAAUCUAAAUCUCUCCUAUUCUCUUUUCGGUGGUCAAAUCCCGAAUGAAAUCACACAACUUACCCAAUUGGUUUCCUUGGAUCUAACUGGAAACCCAUUAACGCUACAAGCUUUUAGCUUCAAAAACCUAGUUCAAAACAUAACGGAUACUCUGAGAGAACUCAUUCUCUCAGGGGUCAACAUAGAUUCUGAGGUGCCUGAUAUCUUCACCAACACCUCUUCCAUAACAUCACUCGUUCUUAGAGAUUGUGGGCUUAGGGGUGAAUUCCCAACAGGUAUAUUUCAUCUACCAAUGCUGCAACAUCUUGACAUGCGUGGUAACCAUGAUCUUUCUGGUUAUUUACCAAAGUUUCAUGCUAAAAGUCAACUUAAAGAUCUGAUUCUCGCUGAAAAAAAUUUCAUGGCAUGCUACCGACGGCCUCUUCCUGGAUCAAUCGGCAACCUAACACAACUUACACUUUUGAGGCUCGAUCAUAAUAGGUUUUGGGGGCGUAUUCCGUCUUUGGUCAGCCUAUCAAAACUCAGUUAUCUGAUACUUUCCUCCAAUGAAUUUGACGGAAGGAACCUCUCUGAAUGGCUUGGUAAGCUUCCAAACCUCUUACAUUUGGACCUUAGGCUUAACAAUCUAAGCUGUGAGAUCCCAUCAUCUAUUGGGAAUCAAACACAACUUAGACAACUUUACCUCAACUACAACAACAUGGUUGGUGAAAUACCAUCCUCACUUGCGAACCUAACACACCUUACAGACCUGAUCCUCGGGUUUAAUGACUUCACAGGCCGAAUUCCCUCUUUAGAAAGCCUCUCAAACCUCAACGUUUUGUACCUCUCCCUCAAUAAUUUUGAUAGAUGGAAGCUUCCUGAUUGGAUUGGUAAGCUAAAUAAGCUUACUUAUUUGCAACUUGUUGCUGUCAACCUGUAUGGUGAGAUCCCAUCAUCAAUUUUUAACUUGACCCAAGUUGAAGAUUUAUUACUCUCAUCGAAUCAAAUUGAUGGUCGGGUCCCACCUUUUCCAAGUACCAUAACAAAGCUAACGAGCUUAAUCCUUCAAAACAAUCAACUGAAAGGCCCCAUCCCAAGGUCAUUGCUGAAUCUCCAAAAUCUAGAAGCAAUUGUGUUGAAUGAUAAUAACAUCAACACCACAGUGGAGGUUGACAUUUUCCUUGGUCUCAGGAAUCUCAAGCUUCUCACUCUAGGGGGAAAUAGAAUCACACUUUCUGUCAUGACCAACAUUACCAGUGACAUGCUACCAAAGUUUGAAAUCUUAAAGUUGGAAUCCUGUAACAUGAAAGUCUUCCCUGACUUUCUUAGAUUUCAAGAUCAACUGCAGGAAGUGUAUCUCGAUAACAAUAAAAUUGGUGGGCUAAUACCCGAGUGGAUGUGGAAUGUUAGCAAAGAAACACUACAAACACUUUCUCUUUCCAAAAAUUCCUUAAUUGGUUUUGAGCAGCAUUGGCCAGUUCUUCCUUGGGUUGGUUUACGUUUAUUAGACCUGAGUCACAAUAUGUUGCAUGGAUCGAUCCCAGUGCCAUCAUCAACCACCAUGAACUAUUUGGUAUCAAACAAUAAGUUGUCUGGCAAAAUUCCUCCAUCCAUAUGUGAUUUGCACUCUCUCCAUUUGCUUGAUUUGUCGUUUAACAACAUUAGUGGCUCAAUUCCUCCAUGCUUGGAGAAACUAAAUAGUUCGUUGUUAGUGCUGAAUCUUAGGGGUAACACUUUACAAGGAACCAUUCCCAAUGCUUUCAGUAAUGGAAGCAAGCUUCUAAUGAUCAAUUUAAGUGAAAAUCAAUUAGAGGGAAAGAUACCAAGAUCAUUGGAAAACUGUGCGUCACUCCAGAUCCUUGAUCUUGGAAAUAAUCGCAUGGAAGACAUGUUUCCCUUCUGGUUGGGAGCACUUUCAGACUUACAAGUUCUCAUACUUCGGUUCAACAAAUUUCAUGGUGCUUUAAAGAUACCAAGUAAAACCAGCUCCACAUUCUCAAAGUUACGCAUCAUCGACCUCUCAUUUAAUUCAUUUUCUGGUGAUCUGCCACAUCAGUACUUCCAGGAUUGGUCAGCAAUGAAGGAGACAAAACAAAAUGCAGCAUAUAUGCAAGCAAAUGUUGAUAUUUUGGGGGAAAGGUACAUCUGGUUAGGAAAUUAUUCAUACUCGAUGAAUAUGACUAACAAAGGUGUAAAGACGGAGUAUGAGAAAGUUUUGAAUAUCUUUAUAGCGGUUGAUCUCUCAAGCAAUAAGUUCCAGGGGGACAUUCCAGAAGCCAUUAAAGCCCUUAGUAAUCUUCAGUUGCUCAACCUUUCCAAUAAUGAGCUUUCUGGUACCAUUCCAUCAUCCAUGGGGUACUUGACUAAUCUUGAAUCAUUGGAUCUUUCUAGUAACAAACUCUCUGGAAAGAUUCCUCAAGCGCUAGUACAACUGAAUUUUCUCGCAUUCUUAAAUGUAUCCUUCAACAAACUCAUUGGCCCCAUACCUCAAGGUGGACAGUUCAAUACCUUUCUGAACAUGUCUUACAUGGGAAAUUCAGCACUUUGUGGUGACCCUUUAUCUAAGGAUUGUGGGGAUCCAAAAGUAUCAGAGCGUCCAACAAUCUCAUCAGCUGAAGGUUCUUGGUCUGACUUCCCAAGUGGAUUUGAUUGGGUUUUUAUUGUUUCAGGAGUUGCAAGUGGUCUAGUGAUAGGGGUUCUUUUUGGAGGCCAUCUAACCACAGAAAGACAUGGUUGGGAUUACACUGGAUACAACCUUUUUACAGAUUUGUUCUUGUUAUCAUCUUUGCUUUUGAACAUUUCAAUUUCCCAAAUUUUGGGAAGGCAUAUCCAGAUAACUUUAAAUGGAAGGGGCUUUCAAAGACACCUGACAAAUAAAGUGGCUUUACAAGACUUGUUCAGGUUCUUUCAAUUGCAAUUUAUAGAACUUAUAUUUGUGGCAAAGAUUUAUCUUUUUUCUCCUUUUGUCUUAUUGGGGUUGUAUGCUUUGAAGCAGUCAGAUGCUUGUUGCUUAGGCAUUGCUAUUUAUGUUAGUGAAGAUGCAAGAUCUGUUUCUUUACGUGAGUAUGGCACUGCACCUGAUAUUAAGGUUUUCUUCAUGCAAGUCAAUAAUGGGAUUCUAAUAAAGAGUUGGUUUAAUAAUCCAUCCCAUUGUGCAUUAAUUACACUUCUGCCCUUCCUUGAGACACUAGCAGAUGCCAUUCCUAUAGCCAACACAGGAUUCUGUAGCAAAGACAUUGAAAAUGCUAGAGGAGAAGAUUCAUGGACGGAAAUUUAUGUGCUUGAUAUGCCUGCUUAUGAGGCUUGA